AUGGCAGACUUCUACAACCUCGCUUUGGAUUGGCCGCACUCGGACGCCCACUCCGUCAUAGUCACUGGCACUUUCGACAACUGGACCUCGUCUGUGCACCUCAACAAAUCAGAUACAGGGUUCACGACGUCAGUGGCGGUCCCUUGGGAUAGCAAGAUCCUCUACAAGUUCAUUGUUGAUGGCAACUGGCUCAAUCAUCCGAACCAGCCAAUUGAGACGGAUUCUAAUGGAAAUGUGAAUAAUGUCCUACACACUCCGACAAAACCAGCUGUUCCUCCGCCGACUGAAGGCGCAGGGGUGGUGGCUCCUAGUAAGGAGGCUAUUGACGAUAAGCAGCCCGGCGAAAAGGCCGAAGUCCCAGUGGAAGUUGCAUCUGACGUCCCAGUCGCAAUUCAACCUAUUGUUGAUGACAGCGCUGCCAAAUCAGUGGAGUCGAAGCCUGUCGAUUCAGAGGCAGGACCCUCUACGCACACUCCUGCUGUAGAAACUGUUACCGAGGCACCUUCUGCGUCCGAGCCAGCUACCACGGCACCUGUCCCAGCUCCGACUACAUCUGCAGAGCCCACACCAUCUACACCUCCGCAAACAAGAUCCGAGCUCCCGGUGACAACUUCACCCGUGGCGCCUGUUACGCCAAUCAAGACGAACGGGCAUACACGUACUUCUACAAGCACUACGACUGCACCAUCCUCUUCUGCACCGUCUACACCCAAGACGCAGAGCACCUUCCCUAGUAUGAGUCCAGGCGAGAAAGACGCGAGUCCCGACUCGCGAUUUGGUAGCAUUGGACGUGAAAAGCGUUUGUCUAUCUUUGGUAGACUUAAGAAAAGACUCACUCCGGGGAAGGAGAAGAAAGACAAGGCUCGGCUUGGAAGCGCGUCGCCCAGGAGCGCUUCGCCGACCCCUUCACCAAGUCCUAGGAAGUAA